UUUUGGACUACGGUACUUUUGUAAAGAUUGCACCGAAAUGACUGAAAGAAGUCAGAAAAACAAUGAGAUUAUUGCCGCCUGUGUUCUCUUGUCGCUACAUAUUUUUCUUGGGGGUUGUUAGUCACCGUUAAGACGAGCUCGCCUCGCUGAACUUUGCACUUUCUCGAGCGAGCUUAGCUUGCUAGCUGCUCACAAAGACGCGGAAGUCAUCAAGACAUCGCCAAACAGAGGUCAAGUGUGAGUGUGGAAAAGGUAGAAAGCGGUUAUUGCCGCGUCUUUUCUCUUGUCGCUGCAUAUUUUUCGUGAGCAUUGUGACGUCAAAAGAAGCUCGUCCCAGUGAAUGUUGAAUCUCCUCAGGCUAGCUUAGUUCGAUAGCCAAAGAGACGCGGAAGUUAUCAGCACAUCGCUAAGCAGAGCCCAAGUGUGAGUGUAACGUGUUUAGAUUGUGUGAAAAUGUGGAAAGUACAAAUGCUGAGAGCGUUGGUGGAUCAGCGACUAACUGCGGCUGUUGAAGAAAUAUUUGUAGUGUUGGACAGAACGAUAGCAGAGUACGAAGAGGAACUUUCUAGAGCAAAAGAGGAGAACGAGCGACAACGUCAACUACUGGACGCUGUUUUCAAGAAGCAUCAAGUUGUGUUACACAGAGCAGACGUCAGUGAAGAAGAUGUUCCACCUGAGCAACAGGAGUGGAGCUCCAGGGCGAAGCAGGAGCAGCCACAGCCCCCCCACAUUAAAGAGGAAGAGGAGGCUCACAGCAUCAGUCAGGAGGGAGAAAAUCUUGAAGGACAGGAGGAGUUCCCAGUGAUUGGUGUCCCCGUGAAGAGUGAAGAUGAUGAAGACAAAGGUGAAAGUGAAGAGAAGAGAGAGGUGGAGCCUCCAAGCAGCAGCUCAACUCAACACAUGACAACAGAAGCUGAUGGAGACCACUGUGGAGGAUCACAAGCAGACAACCUCUUAGCUCCACUAUCAGAUAGUGACGACACAACGUCACACUCUCCUGACACUGAUGAUGAAGACUCUAAAGCUGAUAUGACAUGUCACACUGACAACACACACUUUACAUGCUCUUACUGUGGCAAAACAUUUAAUUGCCGCAGUUAUCUGAAAAAACACAUGAGAACUCACACAGGAGAGAAACCAUUUGUAUGCUCAGGCUGUGGUAAAAGAUUCUUCUUAAAGGCAAAAUUGAAAGCACACGCAAUAAUACACACUGGAGAGAAACCUUUGUACUGUUCAGCGUGUGGUAAGGGAUUUAGACUAAAUCGAGAUUUGAAAAGACACAUGAGAACACACACUGGAGAAAAAACAUAUUCCUGUUCAGUGUGCGGUAAGGGAUUUAGACUAAAUCAAGAUUUGAAAAGACACACGAGAACACACACUGGAGAAAAACCAUAUUCCUGCUCAGUGUGUGCUAUGAGUUUUGUACAAAAUCAAAACUUGAAAAGACACAUGAGAACACACACUGGAGAAAAACCAUACUCCUGUUCAGUGUGUCAUGUAGGUUUUGCACAAACUCAACAUUUGAAAAGACAUAUGACAACACACACUGGAGAAAAACCAUAUUCCUGUUCAGUGUGUGGUAUAAGUUUUGGACAAAAUCAAUAUUUGAAAGUGCACAUGAGAAUACAUACUGGAGAAAAACCAUACUCCUGUUCAGUGUGUGCUCAAGGUUUUGCACGAAAUGCUGCAUUGCAAAAGCACAUGAGUACACACACUGGAGAAAAACCAUACUCCUGUUCAGUGUGUGGUAUGAAUUUUUUACAAACUCAACAUUUGAAAAGACACAUGAGAAAACACACCGGAAAAAAAACAUACUCCUGUUCAGUGUGUGGUAUUGGUUUUGCACAAAAAGGUGGUUUGAAACUACACAUGAGGAAACACACUGAUGAUGAAGUGUUUAGGUGCAGUGUGUGUGAUGAAAGAUUCUCUUAUAAGUACCAGCUUAACAAUCACAAGUGUGCUGGUGAGAACAGCAGCAGUAAAUGAAGCUGCAGGACUUGAAAUAAACUCUCAAGACUUUGAUAACUUUGACUUUCUGAUAUCACUACCACAUAUAUCAUGUGUGUGUGCAACCCAAUCUCACUGAAAUAGGAUAAAAUAAAAGUGCUUCAUGUUUAUUUUUUUAAUUAAAAGGUCCCGCACAUGAGUCAUCAACUUUGCUUACAUAUGUUAUAUAUUGUUUGUAAUUAUGUUCUACAUUGUUGGAGUUCUGAACG